AUGGCUCCACGCAUUGGCGAAACAAUUCAGCCAGACGAGCUGGCCCGGAAAACACUCCGCCUGAUCUCCGAGCGAGUGAGAGACUCCCCAAGGCGCCUCUAUCUUAUGGGCAUCUUAGCCAGUGAUGAUGUUGGCUCUCACCAGUAUGCAAACUGGACUCGCAAAACCUGUGAAGAUAUCGGAGUGUAUUUCCACCUGGUGAAGUUGUCGCCUGAGAAUGUGGCAACCUAUGUUCGGGCGAUUAACGGAAAUACUAGCAUCCAUGGUAUCAUGGUGUAUUAUCCGAUUUUCGGUGACAAGAGGGAUGAUACAAUCAGACAACUUGUCACGCCAGAAAAGGAUGUGGAAGGUCUCAAUCGCCAGACUCUGGACCGGCUCUCCGAGCCCACAGAAGGGCCUAGACAGCCAGAACAAGGAAAAAGCAUUAUCCCAUGCACGCCAAGAGCGGUAGCGUGGAUCCUUGAAUGGAUGCAGAUCCAUGAUCGCACUCGACUGGCGGGAGAGAAGUUGCGAGAUCAAGAGAUCUGCAUCAUCAACCGGUCUGAUGUCGUGGGGUUGCCCCUCGCACGGUUGCUUGCCGGGGAAGGCGCUCGCGUCUACAGUGUGGACAUCACUGGUGUUCAGCUCUUCCAACGGAUCUAUUAUCCUUGGAAUACUGAAGGAUUGCACGGGAAAGAUCUCCCCAACUGGAGUCUGAGGGAUGCCCUGCAGCGGUCUCAGGUCGUCAUCUCGGCGGUACCAGAUCCGGCGUUCAAAGUGAACACGAAGUGGCUCCAGCGUGGGGCCAUCUGUGUUAAUGUUUCUUCAGAGAAGAAUUUCGAACCUAAUGUCGUGGAGGUGGCGUCCAAGUUCGUUCCACGCGUUGGCAGCGUCACGAUUGGAGCGCUCCUGUAUAAUCUCAUUCUGUGUUCGUCACGGACCUAA